AUGGACAUCAGGAACUUCUUCACGAAAAAGGGCGGGUCCGUCGGAGGCAGCGCGAAGCCCAAGGGACAGGACGAUAACAAGCAAGAUGAGAAGCCCGCAGUCGCCGCCGGCGCGAAGUCCAAAGCGCACGACGAGAAAAAGCCCCUGAAGAAAGGCAGCAAACCCGCCCCCGCUGCUACCGGCGCCGCGAAGUCUCCGCCGCGCCAGGCCGCGAAGAAGCGCCCCGCGGAGACCAAGUCGCCCAAGGAGAAGACUCCGCAGAAGAAGCAGGCCGCCGCGAGCCCGCGGUCGGGGCGCAAGGCGCGCCCUCAGGCGAGAGUGCUGGUCGUGGACUCGGACAGCGACGAGCCCGACGACGACGCCGACGAGGACGUGUCGAUGAAGGACCUGUCCGCGAGCAGCAGCAGCGACGGCGACGCCGGCGCGGCCGACUCCGACGCCAGCGCGGACUCCGACGUUGAGGUGACGGGCGCGCAGCGGGGCGCGAAGCGCGCCAAGGUGGACACCGCGCCGUCGCCCGCUGCGGCGACCCCGAAGCCGGCCCCGCGGCGGCAGGCGAAGAGCCCCGCGACGGGCCGGAAGAGCGCGGCGAAGAAGGGCCCGGAGUACAGCACGCCGAACGCGGAGGAUGCCAUCGCGCUCACCAAGACGGCCAUCGACCGACUGCCGAAGGACGAGGAGGUGGACUACACGAUCGCGGACAACGCGACGUGGGGGGCGGACCGCCCCCCGCAGAAGCCUGGGCAGGCGGACCCCCCCCGGGGCCACCCAGACUGUCUGACCGGCCUGACGUUCGUGAUCACGGGGUCGCUGGUCACGCUCACGCGCGAGGAGGCCGAGGACGUGAUCAAGCGGCACGGCGGCCGCGUCACUGGCUCCGUCAGCGGCAAGACGUCCUUCCUUUUGGUCGGCAAGGACUGCGGGUCGAAGGUGGAGAAGGCAAAGGACAAGGGAACGCGCCUCAUCGACGAGCCGGGGCUGUUCUCGCUGAUCAAGGCGUCGGAGCACCUCAAGCCCGACGACGGGCCCGCGAUCGGGCCCGCGGUGACGCUCGAGGCGCAGCCCCCGGCGCCGGCGGCCGGGCCCAGCGCGGCGCAGGCGGCGCUCAAUGCGGAGGGCCGGCGGCGGCCGAGCGGCGCGGCGGGGAACAGGGCGGUCGGCGCGGAGCUGUGGGUCGAAAAGUACAAGCCGCGGACGGCCAAGGACCUCGUGGGCAACCCCGGCUGCGUCAACAACCUCCGCAUCUGGCUCAAGGCGUGGACGAACACGCACUUCCGCGGCCUCCCGCCCCCCACGCCCGCCGGCCAGAGCAAGAAGCUUGACAUGAGCAAGAAGGCAGUGCUGCUGUCAGGCCCCCCCGGCAUCGGGAAGACGACGACGGCGAUGGUGGUGUGCCGCGAGCUCGGGAUGGAGCCCGUGGAGGUGAACGCGUCGGACACGCGGUCCAAGUCGGACGCUGACGUGAAGAAAGGGAUGGGGGGCAAGGCCAGCAACAUCGUCAAGGAGCUAUCGACGAACCUCUCGAUCUUCCACGGGGCGCGCGCGGGCAGCGGGCUCGCGACGAACAAGGUCAUCAUCAUGGACGAGGUCGACGGCAUGUCCGCGGGCGACCGCGGCGGCGCGGCGGACCUGGUCAAGACCAUCCAGGCGUCCAAGGUGCCCAUCAUCUGCAUCUGCAACGACAAGUACUCGCAGAAGCUCAAGACGCUCAAGAACCACUGCCUCGAGCUCGAGUACCGGAAGCCCACGCGCCAGCAGGUCGCCAAGCGGCUCCUGGAGGUGUGCAGGGCCGAGGGCCUGAGCACCAACGUGGCGACGCUGGAGGAGCUGGGCGAGGCGACGAACGGCGACCUGCGGCUCGCGCUGGGCAGCCUGCAGAUGAUCCGGCUGCGCGCGACUACGCUCAGGUUCGAUCAGGUCCGGAAGGGGGGUCUGUUGUCGGAAAAGGACUCCACGAUGAGCCCGUUCGCGGCGUCGCAGCAGCUGCUGAGCGCGGACUCGAGCAAGCUGUCGAUGAUGGACCGGAUGGAGCUGGUGUUCCAGGACAUGGACCUCGUCCCGCUGCUCCUGCAAGAGAACUACGUCAACCACCGGCCCGUGAUUUGCGCCUCGGAGGCGCAGACGAUGCGGUGCGUCGCCAAGGCCGCGGACGCGAUCUCGUUCGGCGACCAGAUCAACAACGCGAUCCGCCGCUACCAGAACUGGGCGCUCAUGCCGCUCGGCGCCAUCAUGAGCGGCGUGUACCCCUGUGCCUACAUGCGCGGCCCCCGCGUGGCCUUCGGCGCGUACGACCCGGUGUGGGGGCGCUUCACGGCGUGGCUCGGGCAGAACUCGACCUUCGGGAAGCAGCGGCGGCUGCUGAGCGAGCUGCACACGCGCAUGGUGGCGUCCGGCGCGUUCCAGGCGUCGGCGGCCGCGCUGCGGCAGGACUACCUCCCGCUGGUCAAGCAGCGGAUCGUCGCGCCGCUGAAGGAGAGGGGGCAGGACGGGAUCGAAGAGACGCUGCAGUACAUGAUGGAGUACCACAUCGCGCGCGACGACCUCGAGUUCGUGGCGGACAUCACGAAGACCAAGUCGCAGGAGGCGUGGAGCAAGGACAGCGACAUGAUGAAGGGCGUGGAAACGAAGGUCAAGGCCGCCCUGACGCGCGCGUACAACAAGGGGCACGGCAAGGCCAAGGUCGCGACGGAGCUCGACGACCCGAAGCGGCUCCGCGGCGCCGGGAGCAAGAAGAAGAAGGCGGCCAAGCGCAGGGUGGGGGGGGGGUCGGGCUUGGGGGACGGUGGGCCGCUCGUGGAGGGCGAGGAGGAGCGGCAGGAGGUCGGGGCUGCGGACGCGGAGGAGGAGGAGGAGGGGGAGGAGGACGAGGUCGACCCGGGGGCGCUGGGCGUGGCGUUUGUCGCGCGUGGUGGCAAGGGGGCGCGUGGUGGCAAGGGGGGCGGGCGCGGGCGCGGGCGCGGGAAGAAGUGA